UUCGGUUGGUCCAAGGUUAACGGAUCCACAAAUUCAGUCGGUCCUGACAGCAUGUAGUGGAGGCGCUGCAGACAUGUCAGCAGAGCAACAGCAGCUUUACCUGCUGAGCCCGGACAAUGGCGCCAGGAAACAGGCCGAGCUAAAGCAUGACAUUAUUAAGUUUCUGUAUGGGUAAGGCCAAGAUCCUGGCUGUAUCCUUGCUAUUACUACAUCUGUCAGAUUGUCUGGGACAGGAGUAUCCCUUUUUGGACCCAUCACUGCCCUGGGAUGUGCGAGUGAAGGACCUGAUUGAGCGGCUUAGUCUUGAAGAGAUGGUGCAACAGAUGGCAAGGGGAGGUGCAGGGAAAAAUGGCCCUGCUCCAGCCAUCCCUCGUCUGGGUAUAAAGCCCUAUUCCUGGAACACAGAAUGUCUGAGGGGAGAUGUGCAGGCACCAGGCUGGGCCACUUCUUUUCCACAGGCUUUAGGCCUGGCUGCGUCAUUCAGCCCAGAGCUGGUAUCGAAGGUGGCUAAUGUCACUGCCACUGAAGUUAGAGCCAAACACAACUACUUCAUAUCUGUUGGGGACUAUGAUGACCACACUGGGCUCAGCUGCUUCAGCCCUGUGAUAAAUAUCAUGCGCCACCCUCUGUGGGGGAGAAAUCAGGAAACUUAUGGAGAAGAUCCCUUUCUUAGUGGACUCCUAGCUGCUGCUUUUGUGAAAGGACUUCAAGGAGACCACCCUCGUUAUGUGAAAGCCAAUGCAGGUUGCAAACACUUUGAUGUCCAUGGGGGCCCAGAAAAUGUCCCCGUUUCCAGGUUCAGUUUUGAUGCCAAGGUAGAGGAGAGAGAUUUGCGAAUGACAUUUUUGCCACAGUUUCAAGCCUGUAUUGAAGCUGGGACAUACAGCAUCAUGUGCAGCUAUAACAGAGUGAAUGGAGUUCCAGCUUGUGCUAACAAAAUACUGCUAACGGACAUUCUGCGCUCAGAGUGGGGCUUUGAAGGUUAUGUAGUGAGUGAUGAGGGGGCCAUUGAAAAUAUCAUGGAGCAACAUAAGUACACCAGCAGCUUCUUGGAAACUGCAGUAGCUUCUGUUAACGCGGGAUGCAAUUUGGAGCUGUCCUUCAAUCUGGCAGACAAUGUCUUUAUGAGAGUAAAAGACGCAGUGACGUAUGGCAACAUAACAUUGGAGACAGUGAAAGAGCGUGUAUAUCCCUUGUUCUAUACUCGUAUGCGUUUGGGAGAGUUUGAUCCACCAAACAUGAAUCCCUACAGCUCCCUAGACCUACGUUCUGUUGAGAGCCAAGAACAUAGGGAGCUUGCAGUAGAGGCUGCUGUGAAGAGCUUCGUACUGCUGAAGAACCUAGGAGACACUUUACCAAUGGAUAUACACAGCAUCAGUGGAAGGAAAGUCGGGGUGAUAGGUCCUUUUGCUGAUGACCCUGAUGGACUGUUUGGAGACUACGAGCCCCAUCCAAAUCCUCAAUAUAUUUCCACUCCCAGGGCUGGCAUUUCAAAGCUGCCAGUGCAGGUCAGUUUUGCUGCAGGAUGCAAUAAUGCACAGUGUGAUACCUACUCUUCUGAAGUGAUAAGAGCCUUGGUCCAGUCUGUGGACAUUACCAUUGUAUGCCUUGGGACUGGAGUGACUGUAGAGACAGAGGGUAAGGAUCGGCUCAAUCUGUCUCUUCCUGGACACCAGGCUACUCUACUGCAAGAUGCUGUUUCCUCAGCUGAAGGACGCCCUGUUAUCCUACUGCUAUUUAAUGCCGGACCCGUCGAUGUUUCUUGGGCCCAAGAAAGUAAGGGUGUACAUGCCAUCUUGGAGUGCUUUUUCCCUGCUCAGGCUGCAGGCACUGCAAUUGCUAAGGUCUUAAUAGGUGCAGAUGGGGCAAAUCCGGCAGGCAGGCUACCAUCCACAUGGCCAGCUGGGAUGAAUCAGGUGCCUGCCAUGGAAAAUUACACUAUGCAAGGACGGACUUAUCGCUAUUACGGGAGCAAGAUACCGCUGUACCCUUUUGGGUAUGGACUCUCCUAUACUACAUUUCAGUACAGUGAUCUUGUGGUGACUCCAGGCAUCCUGCAUCCAUGUGAUACCCUUUAUGUGUCUGUAAAAGUUAAGAAUUCCGGCUUCAAAACGGGAGACGAGGUGGUACAGGUUUAUAUGAGCUGGACUGAUGCCUCUGUGCCGGUUCCCAGCUGGCAGUUAGUAGGAAUUCACCGCAUAAACAUCCCAGUUGGUGGCUCUGUGAAGGUUUCUCUGAAAGUCUUGCCAAAGCAGAGAGCAGUUUGGACUAAUCUCUGGAUACUUGAGCCAGGGGAAUUCAGCCUUUAUGUUGGGGGUCAGCAGCCUUUUCAAGUUACAAAAGUGCCAUCCAAUAUUGUACAGGCCAACUUUACAGUGCAAGGAGCAUCACGGCCUCUCAGUACAUGCUGAAGGAAAUCCUGCACUGUCUUCUUUCUCCAUCAGGUGGAGGUAUUGCUGACUAUUGUUACUCACUGAGAAUGAGAGCUAAUCCAUAAGCCACCUGUGUGGACAAUACUGCGCUUCCAAUUUGUGCCAAACAAAAUGUUUAUAGCCUUAAUACACAUAUGAUUAAAGGUGAUUAAAUGUUA